CUCGAAAGUCCCAAGCUAUUCAUUCAUUACUUGGAUGAGCCCUGUCGACAUUCCCUGUCUGACCGGAGUAGCUAGCUGGGCUAAAUUAUUGCACAAUGGACGACAUGGCAAGUCAUUACCAGGUGAUGGAGGAGCUAGGGAGUGGUAGUUUUGGAGUGGUUUACAAAGCCAUUGACAGGACUGACGGCGAGAUCGUUGCCAUUAAACACAUCGAUCUCGAGUCCAGCGAGGACGAUAUUCAGGAAAUCCAACAGGAAAUUUCUGUUUUGGCUACCUGCGCUAGCCCCUACGUUACACAAUACAAGGCCAGUUUCCUUAAGGGGCACAAACUAUGGAUUGUUAUGGAAUAUCUCGGAGGUGGCUCCUGUUUGGAUUUGUUAAAACCUGGAUGUUUUAAUGAAGCCCAUGUGGCCAUCGUCUGCAGAGAACUUCUCCUAGGCUUGGAUUAUUUGCACAGCGAAGGCAAAAUCCACCGUGAUGUCAAGGCCGCCAAUGUUCUCCUUUCUCAGAGUGGAAAGGUGAAGCUGGCAGACUUUGGUGUCGCCGCACAGCUGGUCAACAUCAAGUCGCAGCGCAAUACAUUCGUCGGAACUCCAUUCUGGAUGGCACCGGAAGUAAUCCAGCAGGCUGGAUACGACUUCAAGGCAGACGUUUGGUCCUUAGGUAUCACGGCAAUCGAGAUGAUCAACGGAGAACCCCCACAUGCCAGCACACACCCGAUGAAAGUACUGUUCCUGAUUCCGAAGAACCCCGCCCCUCGCCUUGAAGGCAACGAGUACAGCAACACAUUCAAGGACUUCAUUGCACAGUGUCUGACCAAGGAUCCGGAUUUGCGGCCGAGCGCAAAGGAGCUCCUGAGACACAAGUUCAUCCGGAAUGCGGGCAAGGUUGAGUCGCUUCAAGAACUGAUUCUUCGCAAGCAGGACUGGGAUUGUGGCCGUGGGGAAGGGAGAGACGUGAAAUACUAUGCCGAGUCUCUCAACACCAUGACUAGACCUGAGGAUCUCGAUGAUGACGAUUGGGUCUUUGACACAGUCAAGGCUCCCCCAAUGUGGAAGCCCAAGGGCACGGAUUGGAUGACGUUCGAUGAGGAGGAGGAAAACAACACGCCUGAUCCCGCCCAGAUGCUCGAAGACCUGCAUAUAAGUGCACCACCACCGCCGCCUAAGCACCAGGCAAACUCCACCGUCCGCCGAAUCCCCACCGACCGAUCUCCGUCUGUCAGACGGGCUAACACCAAGCGUCGUUCGAGUGGCACCAAACAACCCCUUGGUCUAGACUUGAGCUAUGGCAACAGCCCGUCCACAGUUCGACAGUUCCGCCGGGUGUCAGACAAGGUCCCCACCGACCUCAACCCAGUCAAGGAGGGAUUUGACGAAAAUCAAAGCCCGAAGACGGUAUCCACCGAUACUUCAAGCAAGGAGGCUCAAAUUGGACGCCGUGCAUAUAGCAAGGCCGUGGGAAUGUCCUGCCAGGAAGUCCUAUCAACAACAGGAGAUGGCGAUAAACGGGAGGCAAUCUCCAGACUUGCCGAAGCCUGGAGCGACCUGGAAAUGGUCGACCCCGAAGGUCUUUACCACAUCGUCAGGAUCAUGAAUGAGAAGCUCCAAGCCGACUCCCGCCUCUCCACUCUUCUCCCAUCCACACAACCCGAUUCCCCCUCGCGACCACGCCUCGUGCUGGCCCAAAACAACCCACACCUCAAAAGCCACCGUCGUCGCCAAUCCUACGUCCCCGAGCCCCAACCUCAGUCACCCCCAUCCGUCCCCGCUCAAGCCGCACCCGGUAUGGAACACACCAAACAACUCUCCGAUGUCCUUUACCAGCGAUGGUCAGAGGGUCUCCGCAACCGCUGGGGCGGCAUCUAG